AUGGAAGUUCCACCACCUUACGCACCAACAACAUAUUCUGGGGGUAGUCUUAAAAAAGCUUUCUUAAGGGAUUCAAUCGACCAUAAUGAGUAUACACCUACCUGCUUAAGACUUAUUGCACAGUAUAAUGCAAUGCUGAAAAACGAAGCUGUUAAUAAAGAGUUUGGCUCGUUAGAAAAAUUUAAAGACCGUUUUGGACUAGAGUAUGUAUUAGGAAUUGAAAGAUUAAAAGUCGGUAUCCCAGUAACUUUUGGCGAAACAGUGUCUACUGCUAAUACUGCAAUUCAAACACAAGUAUCGGAUAUUGAUUUUAAUAAAAAUUCUGGUAAUGAUCUGUCAGGUGGCAAAAUGAAGGGUGGUGCCAAAUCUAUAGCUGAAAUUACUGGGAAUUUUAUUACAUGUAUGGAUGCUGUUAGGUUGAAAUACAGAGCAAAAGAUCAGCUCCAUCCUUUGUUAAGUGAGUUGGUAACUAGUCUUAAUAGAAUUACCAUCGAUGGGAAAGACUUUACAGGAAAAGGGACCUCUUGCUAUUGGAAGGAUGAUAAGGACCUCGUUCGUUUAGUUGCUUUUGGAGACCCUCAAAUAAGAGGUGUUAAUUCUGCUUCUUCUUUAAGAACAAAGAUUGACAUUUGGGGGAAUGACUACUAUCUUGCACAUAUAUAUAAAGUCUUAGUUCAGUUUCUUGAGCCUACACAUGUUUCUAUUAUGGGAGAUUUAAUUUCCUCCCAGUGGAUAUCUAAUAAGGAAUUUUAUGAACGAGAACAAAGGUUCUCUAAGAAAAUUUUUAGAAAAGACAUUCUUUUGAAAAACACACAUUUUUUUAAUAUUUGUGGAAAUCACGAUAUUGGAUAUGCUGGUGAAAUGACUAAAGAACGAGUUGAUCGAUUUGAAAAGCUGUAUGGCUCUGUCAACUUUGUGAAUUAUUACCCAGAGGGAUAUCGAAUUGUGGUCUUAAACUCAUUGGCAAUUGAUGGACCGGGAUGGGAAAAUAUUUACUACGAUCAAACUUUAAAAUUUCUCCAUUCAUUAAAAAAAGAGGAAUACAAGGGUCCUACUAUACUAUUAACACAUGUUCCUAUGUAUAAAGAAUCCGGAAUAUGCAAAGAUGGCCCGUUAUUCAAUUAUUACGGCAGCGAGUAUAGGAAUGUGCUAAAAGAACAAAAUCAACUUUCGCAAGAAAGCACUAAAAUGGUUCUGGAAUGUGUUUUCAAUUUAGAAUAUGGAGGAGUAAUUCUUACGGGGCACGAUCACGAUGGUUGUGUCAUAGAAUAUGAGCACAAUAAAACUGAAUGGAUCAUUAUAAAUUCAAAAAGUGGUUAUAGGGUUACGAAGAGUACUAUAAUUGGUCCUAAAAUCCUUGAAGCUACUGUUCGAAGUAUGAUGGGCGAAUUUGGAGGUAAUGCUGGUUUACUUUCAGCAUCGAUAGAUCAAAAAAAUCAAUGGAUGUUUAACUACCGACUUUGUCCUUUCCAUGUUCAACACCUAUGGUGGGCAACUCAAGUAAUUACUAUUUUUUCGGCUAUUUUGAUUGCAACAUUUUUUGUUUUCCGUAAACUUAAAUAA